AUGGAAACCGCACAGGACCGAUUCAAGGACAUGACCGAACUGAUCUUUAUGGUCGCAUCACACCUCGAUCACAAAGACAUCGCCUCUUUCCGUCUGACCUGCCACAAGUACCACGACAUCUGCCAGCACUUUCAAUACUGUGAUGUACGACUCACCGAUCGCUGGACAAAGGAAGGGCUGCAGACGCUGGCAAACUCUGCCGGGUUGAUCCGUUCGCUCGCGUUCAGCGAGAGCAUUUCAAAGUUCCUGUACGUGGCUUCCCUCAGUCCUCGCCUCACAGUCCUCAACUUGGAGGCGGUCAAGGUCGAUACCGCCUUUGAUCUCUACUUUCUGGCACGAGCACUCUCCUCUAUGAGCACUUUGCGGUCACUGUCCCUGAAACUGUACACGAAAGAUCUCGUCGCUGAAGAGACCCUCAAAGCCCUCGUCCACAACCUUCCGGCCCUCUUAGAGUCCUUCUCUCUAGUCUUUGAGACUCUCCAGGGUCAGAGAUUGCCGCCUUCGGAUGAGGAGGAUGACGACGAUGAGGUUCGUUUGGUGGACACGGUAUCAGCGUUGCUUGGACCGAUCACGGAGCGCAAGGAGCCAUUGAGACGACUGACGGACUGGGGACUGGUGAUCACUUUCGGCGACAUUGAGGCUGACGUCAUAGUGCCACUUUUCGAGUUCCUUCCUGAACUCGUAUCGAUCGACGUGCCCUCGAUCGGCCUUCAGGCACCAGUACACACCUUUGACGUGGCGACCAGGAUCAGCAAGGCGUGUCCCAAGUUGAGACAUCUGAGAAAACUCCAUACUUACACAGAUAAGGAAGGGACUAUGGCGCUCGCAUUCCUCCACAGCAUGCCUGUCAACACCGUGGAAUCCCUCCACAUCGCUCAACUCUCUGAGGAUGUCAGGACAUUUGGAGACGGACUCGACUUUCACAAGGAGUCGAUCAAGAGUAUUGUGUUUGACAGAUGCCGCUGGAUUGAUGUGGACUCGUUGGUCUCGAUUUUCUUUCAGUCGUCGAACUUGGAGGUGUUCAGGAUCAGUAGGUCCUUUUACUCUAGGUUUGAGAUUCCGCUGGAAUGUUUGGUCACUCAACAGUGGGCGUCUACCAAGUUUCGAGAGUUGGAACUGUACCUUCGACUGACAGAUAAUGAACAGAACCCGGAACAUCCUGCAGAUGCGCUGACCAUUGCGGAAUCCAUUCCAGACUGGGCGAUUGACUUGGAGAGAUUCUAUCGUCAAGUCGGGGCUUUGACCCAGUUACGGAUUUUAGAUCUGAAGGUUGUAGUAGACAACAACCGUCGCUUCAAUGAAGGACGUUAUCUCCCGUACAGGGACAGGACCUUUCCUGGAUUGUUGACGCUUGAGGAUCGAUCGAGAGGGCGUCUUGGAUGGCUACAGUUGCUGGAUGGACUCAUGAACCUAGAGGAGCUUCAUGGGUCGUUCAACUUGGAUGCAAUGGUACCUGGAUUCGGGUUUGGUCAGGACGAGGCAGACUGGAUGGUGUCACAUUGGCCAAGGCUGAAGUUCAUCGAGCUCUAUACACAUUGUGAAAGAGACAACGUCGUGCUACCUCCAUUCGUUCAGUCGAUGAUGCAAAGAUUGCCCGGACUAAAAGUCGCAAGAACAUACACAGGAAAGAAGUGA